AUGUCAGAGAGUGUUCAAGAGAAGGAUGUCGUCAUACGACAUGAAAAGUCUUUCCACCGUGUCGAAAAUCCACGACGUCAACAACCUCCUCCUCCCUUACAACCAUCAUCUCCAGACUUAGAUGCUGAGUCUGAACCGUUCGCAGAUUCGAUGGUUGCCAGUGCGCAAAAUUAUACUACUGAACCUCGGCUCCCCCAGAUGCCGAUAAAACUCGAACAUCAAGAAUCACCAGAGAUGCAAUCUACAUUAGAUCCUCUACUACGAGAACAUGAUGCACAAUUGGCUGGUCAUUCAAGUUCAUCUGGUCCUCAAAUGAAUGGUCAUGGUGGGCCAAGUCAUGGAUUUCAACAAUAUCAGAAUGGUUUCAUAGAUCCAGCCUUGGAUAUUUCUGAUCUUUUUGGGCCAUCGCCUAAUCUAGUAGCCCGAACCUGA